UCGGUUCUCGCUGGUUCCCGCCGGUCCGUCAGUGAGGUGCGGCCGGGGGCGGCAUGGCCGCGGCGGCGAAGGUGCUGAGGACCCUGAGGAAUCACUGGAAGAAGACCACGUUCGGGGUCUGCCUGCUGAGCUGGGGCGGGACCUGGCUCUAUGGAAAGCACUGCGAUAACCUGCUACGAAGAGCUGCAUGCCAAGAAGCUCAGGCUUUUGGCAACCAGCUAAUCCCUUCCAGUGUGCCAUUGAAGAAAGCAACAGUGUUCCUCAACCCAGCAGCUUGCAAAGGCAAAGCCAGGAACCUUUUUGAAAAGAAUGCUGCUCCAAUUUUGCACUUAUCUGGCUUGGAUAUAACUGUGGUUAAGACAGACUACGAGGGGCAAGCAAAAAAGCUGUUGGAGUUGAUGGAAAACACGGAUCUGAUCAUUAUUGCAGGAGGAGAUGGCACAGUACAAGAGGUCAUAACUGGACUUCUACGCAGAGCAGAUGAGGCUGCCUUCAGUAAGAUUCCUAUAGGAUUCAUACCUCUUGGAAAGACCUGCACUCUGAGCCACACACUCUACCCUGAGAGCACAAACCAAGUCCAACAUAUCACUAACGCUACAUUGGCCAUUUUGAAGGGCGAGACAGUUCCACUCGAUGUCUUGCAGAUCAAGGGAGAAAAGGAACAGCCUGUGUUUGCAAUGACUGGUUUAAGAUGGGGAUCUUACAGAGAUGCGGGAGUUAAAGUUAGCAAGUACUGGUACCUUGGGCCUCUGAAAACGAAAGCAGCUCAUUUUUUCAGUACAUUUAAGGAAUGGCCUCAGAGACGUCAAGCUGCUCUCCUGUAUCUGGGUCCAACUGAGAGACCUCCAGAAGAGCCAGAGGAGAAACGGUCCAGACCUCCUUUGUAUGUGAGGCUUUUCAGACGGCUUUGGUCAUACUGGUCAUCUCCAAAAGAAAUCCCUCAGGAGGCAACCCCGGAGGACUGGGAAGAACUGAAGCUAUCCACUGUUGAGCUUUCUAUUGUAACUCGGAACAAGCAGCUUGAUCUGACACGCACUGAAGACUUCAUGGAUGUUUGCAUUGAAGCAGAUGCUGUCAGCAAAGGACAGUUUGUAAACAGAGGAAGUCAGAAGAUGCGUGAUCCACAUAUGUGCCCUGAAGGGAGUCAGUGUAUCCAAGCCAGCAGAUGCAUCUUGCAACUUCCAGAGGGCACGGAGGGAUCCUUUGGCAUUGACAACGAAGAAUAUGAAGCUAUGCCUGUGGAGGUGAAGCUGUUACCCCGGAAACUCCGCUUCUUCUGUGAUCCCAGAGUGAGAGAGCAGAUGCUCCAUGCAGCAGUACAAUGAGAACUGGGGUCCAAGGGGCCAGUGUUUGUUUACCAGUCUUAACGGGAUCCCUGCGAGACGCGUGAGACCUCACCAAUUGGAUUAACCCCCACCAGACUAAUAAACCUUGUGGCUGUUUUUAUGCACAGGGUACUUCAUGGGACGUGGCUGAUUUGUCUAAUCUCAAAGGGGUUAAAAAUGCAAAUGAAAAUUCUGAGAAAUGCAUGCUGACUUGAUGGCAUCUUGGGGUAUUUUUUCCUCCUAAGAAGUCAUCAGUGUUCCAUUCACGGCUGAGUGCUGUGUGCCAGAUGCUACUGCUUUACUGCAAUUGUAUAUUAAAGUAAAAUGAGAGCACACUCA